AUGGCACCGAAAUUCGACAAUGUUGUCUGUGCUAUUGAGGAGUCUAAUAAUGUGGAAGCCAUGUCCAUAAUUGAAUUACAAAGUAGCCUCCUGGUGCAUGAGCAACAUAUGAAUUAUCAUAUUGUUCUAGAAGAACACAUAUUAAAGGUGACGUAUGAAGAUCAUUCCAGAGGAAUAGGACGAGGUCAUGGUGUUUUUAGAGGGCGAGGUAGAGGGCGUAUCAGACCAAGUUUUGAUAAGUCCACCGUUGAGUGCUACAACUGUCAUGAACCUGGGCAUUUCCAGUAUGAAUGCCCAAAAAAGAGACUUGGAGCCAAUUUUGUUGACACAAGAAGAAAGAGCUUUUUUUGUGAUCUUGAUGAGAAUUUCAGAGAGACAGUAAAACUAGGAAACAACUCAAGCAUAACAGUCAUUGAGAAAGGAAAUGUAAGGAUUAAGGUUAAUGAGAAUAUUCAGGUGAUCACUGGUGUUUUUUAUGUACCUGAUCUAAAGAGUAACUUACUGAGCAUUGGUCAGCUUCAAGAGAAGGGACUUGCAAUUCUUAUUCAACAUGGGAAAUGUAAGGUCUACCAUCCUAAUUGA